AUAGGCCAAGAGAUUUUCCAGAGUGGUUUAUUCCCAGGAGACACAGAUUUCAGAGUGUUCAGAGAUCAUGGAAGAGUGCCGGGUUUGGAUCUGGCAUUUGUUCAAAAUGGCUACUGGUGGCACACUGAGUUCGACGAGGCCCGCAGAAUCACUCCUGGAUCACUUCAAAGAGCAGGCGAUAAUGUCUAUGCCACUCUGCUUCAUCUGCUACAAUCCCCGUAUUUGGAAAAACCAGCUGAAUUUGGGGACCAGAAGAAUGUUUUCUUCGAUUUCUUGGCCGAUGUCUAUAGAACGGCUGUCACGAAUUAUAUAUUUGUAAUUAUGACCAUGGUUGUUGUCACUUAUCUUAUGACACAUCUGACACUUUUGAUUUGGGGCGCCAUGCCAUGGUAUUCAAUUCAUGGUCUGGCAGUUUUGAUUUAUGGCAUACCAACAUUCUGGGCUGGUACAAGCACUAUGACGUUUUUAGCAACAAAAAUGGAUGUAACUAAGAGAGAGGACUUUUCGUGGUAG